AUGAAGGAAAUGGAUAAGAUAAUGUUAUUUGUAGUUUUUAACGGAAGAUGGAAUGCAAACAACAAAUACAUUGAUCAUGAAGUGAAAAUAUUGAUGGUGGAAAAGGAUAUCAAGUAUGUGGAAUUGGUAAACAAGAUAUACAAAGAGCUCAGAUUGAAUGAAAGAUUGAUUUCAACAAACUUGAUUUUUGAUGCAAAUAUGGAUACAAGCAAAGGAAUGAAGAUAGAAAGUGAUGAGAAUUUACAAGUUUAUCUAAACUUGAACAAGACUGUGGAAGAGUUGAAAAAAUGUCCUCUCAUCGUUGAAGUAGAACAGAGAAAUCAAACCAUUUCUUUGCCAAGAGAAGCUAGCAUUCCAUCUGCUUUAGCAAGCAAUGCAACAAGUCACAGUUUGACUCUCACAGACCCCAAUACGAAUACUGCAAGCACUAGCAAGAUGAAGAGUGCCUCAACACAAGAAUCCAACAAAAUUACAGAACACGGGCAAGAAGCUCAAUCACCUCUGCAUGUGUUGCCGAAUAUGGAGAUUGAAGACAUAAGACUCAAUUAUGUUUUCAAGAAUAAGACUGAUCUAAAACAUACACUUGCGAAUAUAGCCAUCAAGAAACACUUUCAGUACAGAAUUCAAAAAUCAUGUUCAGAAGCAUUUUGGGCAAAAUGCAUAGAUGAUAAUUGUGGCUGGUAUGUACGUGCAAGAAGCUCAAAAGUAUCAGACUACUUUCGAGUUAUCAAAUACCAUAAACACCACACAUGCUCCAUAAAUCACAGAAAUUUUGAAAAUAGACAAGCAAGUGCAAAAGUCAUCAGUAGUUACUUCAAAGAGAAGUUUCGUGACCCAGGAUCAACCUAUCGACCAAGGCAAAUAAUAAGAGACAUGAGAGAUGAACAUGGGGUAGGUGUAACAUACAAUAAAGCCUGGAGAGCAAAAACACUUGCAGCUGAUGAUGUUAGAGGGUCAAAUGAGGAAAGUUAUGCAUUGUUGCCUUCAUAUUUGUAUAUGCUACAGUUGGCCAACCCAGGAACUAUCACAAGAGUAUGUAAAGAUGAAGAAAACAGGUUUAAAUACAUGUUUAUUGCUUUUGGGGCUUCAUUAGAUGGAUGGAAGCAAUGUAGACCAGUUAUAGUGGUAGAUGGAACAUUUUUAAAGAUGAAAUGUGGAGGUACACUGUAUGCAACUUGUGUUAAAGAUGGAAACAAUCAAAUUUUUCCGCUCGCCUUUGGAAUUGGGGAUUCAGAAAAUGACAAUGCAUGGAUAUGGUUCUUUACAAGACUAAAAGAAGCAAUAGGAGAUCGAGAAAACUUGUGCAUAGUAUCUGACAGGCAUAAAAGCAUCAAAAAUGCAGUUGAACAAGUGUAUCCUGAUGUAUAUCAUGGAGUUUGUCUUUAUCAUUUGAAGCAAAAUCUAAGGACUAAGUUUAGGGGAUUACAUGUGCAUGCCAUAUUUGAAACUGCUUCAAGAGCGUACUCAGCUCAAGAAUAUUAUUUUUCCAUGGCUGAAUUAUAG